AUGGGUUUCGGUUUUCUUCAUGAAAAAUCAAGCCAUGCGCUGCUCAGAAGCACAACCGGUUGUUCUUGGACUGUACCACCUCCAUUCCUGAUGACUGCCUCCAAAUUGUCGAAGGGAGCUUCAGAUAGACUUCUUAAUCUACUAUACGCCAGUUCUCUGGUGGAAAUCGCUAACAAAACACCCCUAGUUGCAAAGUUCAUCCACGAUCUUCCUCUGGCAUCUGCGGUAGAUCAGCCCCAGCCCCCCAGAUCCAUACUAGAAGACCUCACAUCGAACAACUGGAAUCGUAAACCUUGGUCCCUGGUGGCACUGGACUUGCCCGAAACGCUGGCCACCCAAAUUAGAUCAAAUAUACUCAAGUUCAAAUGCAAGAACAACUUCAUCUCCAACGAUACCUUCCACAACCUCUAUCCGAUCGAGAGGGAGCGUAAGUACCAGCUCCCUACAAGCUUGGUGAAGAAUGGACCACCUUUCUUUGCCAUUAAGGGAAGAAAUUCGUUGGACUUGCAGCCAGUUGGCGUGUACUAUCUCGUCUUUCAGUCGUUCAGCCUGGCCGCUGCGUACUGGCUAGAAACGGCAGGCAAGGUCAUCAAUGGGUUCGACUUCAAGCUCGAGUUUAUGGAACUCACUUCGAAGGAUCUUAACCAGAUGUCGUCGCCUCACAUUUCUUCUCUGUACGGUGAACAGGUGCGGGCCCCGCUCAUCGACCACCCACAUCUGGUCAAGCUGCCCAAGCUGCAACUGUUGGCGAAGAAGGAGGACUUGACUUACCCAUACUCGCUCAUGUUGGACUAUUCCAUGUUCGAAGCUAGGCAAAGUAUGGUGUUGGUGAAGAACCUCCCAUUCGGCCUUUCUAAACACGCCUUGCCCAAGAUUCUUUGGGACUACGACUUGGCAACUUCGCAUGACACUGGAACCCACGAGGACUGCAUCACUAGCGUGAUAAGUGACCCGGUAAACCAGGUGUCUCUCACCUUAAUACGAUUUGCUGACAGGACGAAUGCCGUACGGUUCAUUAGAAAUUUCCACGGUAGGAAAUGGGAAAGUAUUCAGACAAAGAAAGAGAAGAAACUCUACGAACCGAUAUUGUGUGAAAUACUUGACUGA